AGAAAUGUUUUCAAAUUUCUAGGCUAUUUAUUGGUUGUGACAGCCAUGGGUUAAACAAGUUAAGACAAUCAUGUUAAGAUUAUAUGAUCCUAUUUCCAAAACUGUUUAUGAGCAAGAAGGGUCCGAGGAGCUGCCAACCUUACAAAGUCAGUGCAGAAAAGUCAUCAUACGGGCUCUAACACUAAAUCGGAUAAACCAGGUUUAUAAACUGCCACUACCUUACUCUAUAAAGAGUAAGAUUCGCACCCUGAGUAAAAAGGACUUCAUCAUUGAUGUAGAACGUAUCAGCCCUAUGGACCAUGUCCAGCAGUGUUACCCAGCAACCUGUUGUCUCAAUAAUGAGGAAGUCAUCUUCAGAGUCUUACCAAAAGAUACUGUGCUCCAUUUCCCUGGCGUGAUAGAUUUAUUUAAAGAAGGUGACUUCAUGUGCUGUAUCCAACUGCCCUUCCAAUCCUUAGCAGAGAAAAUAAACCAAGCCAAGGAAUCUGGAAGCACCUUGGACCACACCACCAUAUGGAAAACACUAAACUGUUUAAUACAUUAUUUUAGUCAUAGUCAUAUAUCUCCCAUCAACAGAAUAUCAUCUCUUCAAAUUAAAUACUUCAAAAAUGGUCAAAUUUCAUUAGACAUGCUCCCUGCUAACAACACUGAAACUGUCACAGUCAUGGAGGGCCAAAUGAAUGCCCCCAUAUAUGAGGCCCCCGAGGUCCUAAGUCGUCAGGAUCCUGAUGAGAAAGCUUAUUCCUGGAACGUAGGCUGUCUGGUGUAUGAAAUGCUUGCUUUAGAACCAGCUUUCUAUGACAGAACCGGGGAGAACCCAUUCUCAGCUUACAUGGACAUUAUGCAGGGAAAUGUACCACAAAUUCCUACAACUGCCAGUGAAUCACUGACAAAUUUAGUGAAUCAUUGUCUUCUCACUAACCCUGCUGAUCGGUAUAGCCUACAGGAUAUCAAUCAGGUUGUUGGUCAGCAUAUCUAAAGGCUUACAUUUUUGUUAUUGUUAUAGUUGAUUUUAAUAGGCUUUCUUCUGUUGCCCCUUUUAGUACCUAGUUUUAAGCUUUAAUAUAUUUCUUUUACUUUGUGGAUUUUUAUAAAACUUUUAACUGUUUUGAAUUUCAAUGGUAAUCUAACAUUGAUUUAUUUAAAUAUCGGUUUAAUUUGUUAUGUUUACUGGCAUCAUCUUAAAUGUAUUAAAAAAUAUAACUAUGUUUUAACUAUACGCACCUAGUACAUGACAUUGAAAAACAUCAUCCUGAAUAUUUUUAGUAAAUUUAAUGUAUUUCACUAUGCUGUAACUGUUGUAAAAUAAAUAUGCAAUA